GUACCUACAGUACAGCCUGCUAGACCAGGAACUCCUCUCCAUGAACAAUUUCGAAGAGUACUGUCCCUUGGAUGAUAUUGAAGUUACAGAAUGUAAAAAGGAGACAUUUGCUGGUCGUCAGCACAUGGUAUUAGACGGAGUGACCCUAGCUAACCUGGACAUCACAGAGAACUCGGCCAAUGGUACACUGGAGGGCACUCUGCUGGAACAGCUUGAUCAUUGUAACACACCAUUUGGCCGCCGCCUGUUCCGACAGUGGCUGUGUGCUCCACUUUGUAACCCGGUCUCCAUUAACGAUCGUCUGGAUGCUGUUGAGGAUCUCAUUGGCUGUCCAGACCUAGUUGCUACAACAACAGAAAUAUUAAAAAAAUUACCAGACCUUGAGCGAUCGUUAAACAGAAUCCACAGUCUAGGAUCAGCGUCCAAGAGUAAAAACCAUCCCGACUCUCGUGCUAUUAUAUAUGAUGAAGCCAAGUACAG